GAAGAGGGAGGUGCAUUUUCUAGCGGGGACGCGUUCACCAUCGGUUCGGUGCCGGGACGAGACCCGUCCGGCCGAGCUGCGGGAGCCCCGGGUGCUCGGGCCGCCCAUGCUGGUUGGGAUGCGCGCCCCGUGUGACAGAUGACCUAUUGAAAUAAUUUCGGAGCAGUGCUGGGGUUGCCACGACAACCAAUGCUCUCUUGGCUUUCAUCUGGCCAUGUGACAGCCACUUUGACGUCAGCUGGAGGCAGAGCCUGUGGUUUCGGCCGCGCAGCCAAAGCCUUGUGAGAACCUAGUGGAUGCUGGAUUUAUCCCCGCCGCCGCCGCCGCCGCUGCUGCUGUUUCUCAGGGGCUGCCAGAGCAUGGACUAUUAAAAACUUGCAUUUCUGCAGUGUGAGGUAAUAUUUUGACACCAAUAUGGGAAAGCAAAACAGCAAGCUACGCCCUGAAGUCAUGCAAGAUUUGCUAGAAAGUACAGACUUUACAGAACACGAGAUCCAGGAGUGGUACAAAGGCUUCUUGAGAGACUGUCCAAGUGGACACUUAUCUAUGGAGGAGUUUAAAAAAAUAUAUGGGAACUUUUUCCCUUAUGGGGACGCUUCUAAGUUUGCGGAACAUGUAUUCCGCACUUUUGACGCCAAUGGAGACGGAACAAUAGAUUUCAGAGAAUUCAUCAUAGCCUUGAGCGUAACGUCGAGAGGUAAACUGGAGCAGAAGUUGAAGUGGGCAUUCAGCAUGUACGACCUUGAUGGGAACGGCUACAUCAGCAAGUCAGAGAUGCUGGAAAUCGUGCAGGCAAUCUAUAAGAUGGUUUCUUCUGUAAUGAAGAUGCCGGAAGAUGAGUCAACACCAGAGAAGAGGACAGAGAAGAUCUUCCGUCAGAUGGACACCAACCGAGACGGAAAGCUCUCUCUGGAAGAGUUCAUCCGAGGCGCCAAGAGCGACCCGUCAAUAGUCCGACUCCUGCAGUGCGAUCCCAGCAGUGCCGGGCAAUUCUGAACCCAGUCUUUGGAUGAAUUAUAUAUCUGCUUUUUUUUUUUUUUUUCCCUUGCCAAACAACAUUCAUGGUAGUGUUGCCUCUGUAUGGCCAAUUAUGCCUUCAUUUGUGGCAUCUUAUAGCUUCUUUUGUUGUGGAUUAAUUAUAAGAAUGCUGAAUUGCUCUUAACAAUUUGUCCAGAGCACGGGCAGUACUGUUUUAAACAGAUAUUGUGGUGUUAUCAUUGUUUUAAAGAUUUUGUUUUUUCGUUUUAACGUGUCUGUUUUGGAAAGUACGCAUUGAGAAAGAGAAAACCAACAACAAAACCCUUGGCAGCAAGACAUACUGAUAGGUCUUAGGUUGCUGCUUUAGUAGCUGAGUGUUCACCCAGAGGACCUGAAAGUGUAGCAGAGAUUGAAGCAAAAGGGUUGUGAUGGGGCAGGACCCGCCUGGGACCUCCUCUCCUGUCCAGGAGGCACCAGUGAAGCUCAAAGACAGGAUGACGAUCGUCCGCAACCGGUGAGGGCUGCACCAUCCGCACCCCUGCUCCUGUGCCUCGUUGUUUCAAUGCUGUGAACAUUUUCAAGAAAAGAAAAGAAAAAAAAACAACAGUUUUUACUUGGUUUACAGUGGUUGGUUUCACAUGGCUUUAUCUGAAAAUCCAGCAAUUUGCAGUCCUGAUCCCAAAAUCCACAACUGACGAUACCUCUUGCCAUUUGGGGUCAGCAAAAGCAGACGUGGAUAUUGAAAAACUGGGUAUUGACAAUGAAUUUAAGGGAGAUACAUGUUGAAUGUGAAGUUUUCAGGUUAGUAAUAAAAUAGUUUCUACUAAGGAGAGUGGGCAUUGAGCCAAGGAAAUGAUGUACACCUGUAAGCAGCUAAAACUGAGGCAAACCAGCUAUUUUGAAUGCUCUUGUGCAGUAUGAAGUUUUGGGGGUGUUUUUGUCUCUCUCCACGUAGCUAACGCAAUUUCUGGGCCUGCUCCAAGGGGAAGGCCGUCAUCAAAACUUGUUUUAAGCAUAAAAUUGUAGCAUUUAUAUUUCCUUUAUUUUAGUAAAGCUCAAAAGUCUGUACUGAAACAAGGAAAUGGUACGCUUUAUGGUAUAUUUAUAUAUAUAAAAAUUAAAACGACAAAAAAAAAGAAAAAAAGAUCAGCUCCAAGAGAAAUGUUGAAUGUUUAUCUUUUCGCCUAGAUGCAGGACUUCUGAAAUUUGCCGCUGCAAAACCUCCAUCCUUUGGCCAGAGUCGCUGCAUUCAAAGCUGGGGUGCAGGCGUGGGAUUUCUUGGUAACUGUACAAGCGCUGCUGCGACGGAAAGGCUUUGGUGACAGGAGGCAUUACGCUGACUAAAUUGGCAUUAAUCUGUCAUUAGCUGAAGGCUGCUCUGUGAUCCCGCUGGCGAGGUGUCCGUGCGGGCGGUGGACAGCCUUGGGAGCCCGUGGGCUCGGCAGGACGACCUUUGCCUGACAGGCGAGGCUGGCGUUUUGUCAAGUGACCUUGUAGAUGCUAAUCCCCAGUAGCCUUAAUUUAAAAU